GUCACGUUGUUUUCGGGAAGCAGCGUCCUGUCGCAACUCUCUCACAGUUCACAAGAAACAGAGAGAGGAGAGAGAGAGAGAGAAAGUGGUGAACGGAAAAUACGCUCCGUAAAUAAUGAAGCUCAUUGCGCCGUGUCUGUGUUAAAAUAACGCGUUUCAAACGAGCUCGACGUUACGGUGAUCAUUUCCAACAUGCCUAAAAAAUCAGGUAGUUUAAAGUCGGGAAAGAUCCCAGGCCCGAAUGAUGUCCAUCAGUCUCAGGGCAUCCAUGUCUACCUUUUUUGGACUAAAGAAGGGGAGAGAUAUUUGUCUCACACCAGUGGAGAUGUCACAGCGGAGGAGCUGUGCAUCUCAGGUGCAGAAGCUGUAGGGAUAACACCACUGUGUCAUGUCUUAUUUGCGUUGUACAACCCGAAAACGAACUGCUGGUACAGUCCAAACCAUGUCUUCAGUCCAGACGAGAAAUCCAGUGAAGUGGUUCACUACUGCAUGAGGUUUUACUUUCGGAAUUGGCAUGGACUGAAUGAAAAGGAACCGACUGUGUCCCGCUACGCCCUCAAAUCCAGUACAGAUCAUACAGGUUCCCCUCUUCUCGAUAUGACAUCCUUGGAGUAUCUGUUUGCCCAGGCUAAGCAUGAAUUUGUGCAUUAUGCGGAAGAGCCGCAGUCUGAGGAAAACAAUCGCUUCAAAAACGAGAGCUUGGGAAUGGCUGUACUCCACCUUUCACACCUCGCAAUGCAAGAAAAGUGUACCUUACAGGAAGUUGCUGGAAAAAUUGGCUUCCAGAACUGCAUUCCAAGAACAUUUGCGGAGAACAUUUCCAGAGACAACUUUCUGACUAAAAUCAGGAUCCGCCGGGUGUUUACUGAAUUUGUGCAGAACUUCCAGCAGCAUACUGUAGGAAAGGGGCAGCUGGGUGCCCACGAGAUCAUGUAUAAGUACAUCUCCACCCUUGAAAACUUGGUUCCAAGUUUCGGAACAGAGACAUUCUCUGUAACUCACCUGCAACUGAGGGAGGACGGGGAAGAAAGCAGCUCCUACUCCAGCGUCAACCAAAGCGAUGACAUAUCAAAGGAUGACUUCAGAGCUCCACUCACACAUGAGAUAAUGGUGUCCGGCAUUAAGGGGAUUCAAUGGAGGAUGCUGAAAACUCAAAAGGCAGAGGAAAACUCCUACCACAGGAGGGGCUAUGUGAAUACGAAAACAUCAAAACAGUCUGUAUCAAAUCCUCCUGAUAAAUGGACCUCCUUCUGUGAUUUCCGCGAAAUAACUCACAUCGCCAUUACUGAAGCUAAUGUGUGCAUUAGCACUCAGAACAAUCACAGCAUGGAGGUACAGAUGAACUCCAGCCAGGAGGCCCGUUCCUUCAUCUCCUUGCUAGAUGGGUACUACCGGCUGACUGCAGACGCCCACCACUAUCUUUGUCAUGAAGUGGCGCCCCCAAGGGUGGUGUUGAGUGAAGCAAAUCUGUUGCACGGACCUAUGCAUGAUGACUUUGUGUUACACAAGCUGAAAAAGGAGGCAGGAGAGGAGGGAACCUUCCAUGUUCGCUGGAGUGCCCUCGACUAUCAUCGCAUCAUCCUUGCUGUGCUAAACAGAAACGAGAAUGGUUCAAAACCAAGCCACAAGCAGUUUCGCAUCCAGCAGAAGGGCUCAGUGUUCUGCAUGGAGGGUUGGGACAAAGACUUCUCCAGUGUGAAGGAGCUCACAGACAGCCUCAAAACCUAUGUGCUCAAGUCUGGGUCAGACAACUUUACUGUCAGAAAAUGCUGUUUACCGAAACAAGGAGAGAUCUCCAACCUACUGGUGAAAAGGCAAGGUAUUGACCACCACACCCACUCUGACUGUUUGCCCCUAAACCUGACAGAGCUUCGCUUUCACCAGAUCAAAGACAAAGAGAUAAGACAGGAUCACCAUUUGGGCCGCGGCACAAGAACUAACAUUUAUGCAGGACGUUUAUUGUUGCGGGAAGAAGAAAAUGACGAGUUUAACAACAACCUUUCCCAAAGCAAAGGCAUCCGGGUGGUUCUCAAAAUCCUAGACGAAAGCCAUAAGGAUAUUGCUCUAGCCUUUUUUGAAACAGCAAGCCUCAUGAGCCAGGUAUCUCACAGUCACCUGGUGUUUGUGCAUGGCGUGUCUGUCAAAGGAUCUGAGAACAUCAUGGUGGAGGAAUACUUGGAGUAUGGGCCUCUUGAUGUUUUUCUUCGCAAACAGAAAGCCUCCGUCACCGCUCAGUGGAAAUUUAUUGUUGCUCUGCAGCUCGCGAGGGCUCUCAAUUAUCUUGAAACAAAACGACUUGUUCAUGGAAAUGUCUGUGCCAAGAACGUUCUGGUGGCAAGGCCUGGUCUUGAACCUAGCUGUUCUCCUUUUGUCAAGCUGAGUGAUCCUGGAAUUGCACUGAAUGUCCUCUCACGAGAAGAACGUUUGGAUCGGAUACCCUGGGUUGCUCCAGAGUGCGUUGACACCGGUGCUCCUAAUGGUAGUGCUGCAGACCAGUGGAGUUUUGGUGUCACGUUGCUUGAAAUCUGCAAUAAUGGGGAUCUUCCUAUGACAGGCAGCACAUUGUCUGAGAAAGAGCGUUUUUACCAGCAAAAGGGUCGUCUGGCAGAGCCAUCCUCCCAAGAACUGGCCAAGUUCAUCAGCAUGUGUUUGACAUAUGAGCCCGAUGAGAGGCCUUCAUUCCGAACUAUCCUCAGAGAACUCACAGAACUCAUCAAGAAAAAUCCAGAUAUAUCCUCUAAGGACACUCUCCCACCUAUGGACCCCAGUGUGUUCCAAAAGCGAUACCUGAAAAAGAUGAGAGACUUAGGGGAGGGACACUUUGGAAAAGUCACUCUGUACAUGUAUGACCCAUCCAACGAUGGGACAGGAGAGUUAGUGGCAGUAAAAGCUUUGAAGCAAGAAACUGGAGAUGCACCUCAGGGCUGGAUGAAGGAGAUUGAAAUCCUAAAGUCUCUCUAUCACUGUAACAUAGUAAAGUACAAGGGCUUAUGCACUGAAGCCGGAAGACCAGAGGUCCAGCUCAUAAUGGAAUACCUUCCUCUGGGGAGUCUGCGAGAGUAUCUUCCUAAAAAUAAAACCAGUGCAGCUCAGUGCCUCAUGUUUGCUCAGCAGAUGUGUCAGGGAAUGGAGUACCUGCACUCAAAACGCUAUGUGCAUCGAGAUCUUGCGGCCCGCAAUGUUUUGGUGGAAAACAGCGGUUUAGUAAAGAUUGGAGACUUUGGCCUGACAAAGUACAUCCCAGAAGGAGAGGUCUACUAUCGGGUCCGUGAGGACGGAGACAGUCCUGUCUACUGGUAUGCCAUCGAGUGCUUGAAGGAGCUCAAAUUCUCAUUUGCCUCAGACAUUUGGUCUUUUGGAGUUACCCUGUACGAGAUCCUGACGCGCUGUGAAAGUCGCCGGAGUCCUCCAACUAAAUUUAUUGAAAUGACAGGAGGAAAGGAAGAAGAGAUGAGUGUGAUAAAACUCAUAAGGCUAUUGGAGCAAAAUCAAAGGUUGCCUUGUCCCAGGGACUGCCCGCAUGAGGUAAAGUUGCUGAUGGAUCAGUGUUGGGAUGCAAAUCCUGAUAAUCGGCCUUCGUUCAGUAAACUCAUCGAAAAGUUUGAGUCAGUGCGAAGAAUGUUUGACUGGUCGUUCAACCCCAUGUCUCAGAUCUGCUGAUGGGUGUCAGUGAAGAUCCAUCUGACUAGAUGGUGAUGCUUAAAGUGAAGUCAGUUGUCUCACUUUAAGUGCACAGUUCUCGCUAUAUCUAUUUAUACAGGUUUGUUCUUAGAGGUUUAAAAAUGUAACGCACACAUAUAUGCUCUAAUGUGUGUUGGUAAUGCAAUAUAGAACUCAAUCUUUUGUCCUUACACAAUUAAACAUGUUAAAAGUGGUAAUAAAAUGAAUGUUAUUUUUUGUUGGAACUAUACAGACUUUCAUUUGUCAAGAAGUAAGUUUUCUAUAUGGGUCGACAUUCUGUGUUUUAUUGUUAUUCUCUGUACAUUAUUUCUGUUUAUCUUGCAUGUUUUGUCAACAUAACGCAAAAUCAAAAAAAAUGUUUCAACUUUUGCUUUUAUUAAAGCCUAAAUACGCUGACUAUGAGGGUUGAAUUAAAUUAUGUUACCAUUUUAUAUUAAACUGUAUGGUUGUAAAUCACCACAUGGGGAGCAGAUUUGAGCCAUUCAGCAGAAGCCAAUAAAUAAAUGUACCACACCUACUAAAA